GCAAGGAGAUUUGUCUUCUUUCUCUCUCUCCCUCUCUCUCUCCCUCUGGUUGCUCAUUAUUCAGAGAGAGACACACAGAGGGUUGAGUGAGAGAGAGAGACGGAUAUCUCAGGUCAUCUGCAGCUGCAGCAAGCCAGUGAAGGAGAGAGAGAGGGAGAGAGGGAGAGAGGGGGGAGAGGGGGAGAAAAAAAAGCAGGGAAAAAGAUGGCGAUCCUCCAUUGCUGAGACCUGGCAAGGAGCACAUGAGACUAGCAAAAACAACUUCCACAACAAUUGCAAGAAGAAGGAGGAGAGGAAAGAGAGCAGAAGAAAGCGACCAGCACCAGCACCGGGACGUUCCUGUUUUCCUAAUGUAAAACUUACCAAUAAGGACUAUGGAGGUGCUGCAGUGUGAUGGCUGUGAUUUUCGAGCACCAUCCUAUGAAGAUCUUAAAGCUCACAUUCAAGAUGUUCAUACUGCAUUUCUGCAGCCCACAGAUGUUGCUGAGGAAGCUCCUAGCCAGUCAAGGUUUAGUUCCAUGAAUAGCAAUGACCAGGCUGAGGUGGAAUAUUCUUCGGUAAAAGAUGAAUUUGCAAUUGCAGAUGAGAUAGCAGGGCAAAAUGUAGCUCAGCUGGGAACUGGAAAUUACUAUAGCCAUAGCCAGAAUUAUUAUGGCCAACAUAUGCUCUCCAAACCAGCAAACAAGUUUUUCCAAUGUAAAUUCUGUGUGCGUUAUUUUAGAUCCAAAAACCUGCUCAUAGAACAUACACGGAAAGUGCAUGGUGCUCAGGCUGGAGGGUCUCCGGCAGGUUCACCUAGUGCUGGCUCCUUGAAUUACAACAUCAUGAUGCAUGAGGGCUUUGGUAAAGUAUUUUCUUGCCAGUUCUGCACUUAUAAAUCACCAAGACGUGCCAGAAUUAUCAAACACCAAAAGAUGUACCACAAAAACAGUUUGAAAGAGAGCUCUACUCCUCCUGCCAGCUCUGCUGCUCUAUCUGAAUCAGCAUCUACAUCUGUAUCAGCACAGGAUCCAUGCAAGGAACUUCCUGCUGAAGUUGUAGAACGUAGCAUCUUGGAGUCCAUGGUCAAGCCUUUAACGAAGUCAAGAGGCAACUUCUGUUGCGAAUGGUGCAGUUACCAGACGCCUCGAAGGGAACGUUGGUGUGACCACAUGAUGAAGAAACAUCGCAGCAUGGUGAAAAUACUGUCGAGCCUGAGGCAGCAACAGGAUGGGACCAAUGUGCCAGAAGGACCCAGCAAGAGUCCACCAAGCCCCACCUCAAACUCUAAUUAUAUCCCCAUGAAUGCUUCUGGGCGAGAGAUGCCUAAUGCAAACCUCCCGGCCUACAGAAGUUCCAUGAACAAUUCCCUCGCCAGGUCCAACUCCUCAUCAAAAUUUUCUUCUGUUUCCUAUCCUCAUAUGAAACAUAAGGCACCUCACAACUCGGGCAUUGUUAAUUUGUCUGACAGAUCCCGUUAUGGGAUUGCUGACAUGGCAAAUUCUUCUGCUGAUAUGGAUACAAACAGUAUGCUAAAUGACUCUAGUUCUGAUGACGAACUAAAUGAAUUAGACAGUGAGAAUGGAUUGAAUUCCAUGGAUCACCAAACCUCAGGACUCACUGCAGAGCAAUUGAUGGGAUCCGAGGGCCACAAGUUGUUGGAAACAAAGGGAAUCCCCUUUAGGAGGUUCAUGAAUAGGUUCCAGUGUCCUUUCUGCCCUUUCCUCACCAUGCAUCGGCGGAGCAUUUCCCGCCAUAUUGAAAACAUCCACCUGUCGGGAAAGACAGCGGUGUACAAAUGUGAUGAAUGUCCAUUCACUUGUAAGAGCUCGUUCAAACUAGGAGCUCAUAAACAGUGCCAUACCGGUGCAGCAUCCGACUGGGAUGCCGUGAACUCCCAAACUGAAAGUAUAGCUUCUUCUUUAAAUGAAAGCACAGUAUCCUAUGAAGGGGGCAAUAUAAAUGGCAGGAAGUCUGGAGGAAUGAUGGAUUCCAUGCAGCAGCAGCAACAGUCUCCACAGUCUAAUUCACAGCACCCAUACAAAUGUACCAUGUGCAAUUAUUCCACAACUACUUUGAAAGGUCUUCGGGUUCAUCAACAACAUAAGCACUCAUUUUGUGACAACUUGCCAAAAUACGAGGGCACAUCAUCAAAUCCCCCACAAGACAGUGAACCAGAUGCUCAUACCUCUCCCAGCACUGUGAAGAAAAGCCAGACCUCAAUCCUUGGACUGUCUUCUAAAAAUAAUUUUGUAGCAAAAUCGUCUAGGAAGAUGUCCAAUGACUUUCCCCUGGAUCUGUCCCCAGUGAAGAAAAGGACCAGAAUCGAUGAGAUAGCUAGUAAUUUACAAAGCAAAAUCAGUCAAAACAAGCAGCAAGAAGAUGCAGUAAUUAAUGUGGAGGAUGAGGAUGAGGAAGAGGAAGACAAUGAAGUAGAGAUAGAAGUUGAACUUGACAAGGAGGAAGAACAAACAGAACCUCUGAUGGAAAUCGCAUCUUUCACUUCCCAGCAAAUGUGGGGAAGAGACGCCGGUGAGUCUCAGAAAGAGCCCAACUACAGGAAUAUCAUCCAUGACUACAGUUCCACUAAUGGGGCAGAAAUUGAGCUAACUAUAUCAGAAGAUGAAGAGGACUAUUACUGUUCUUCAAUGGGCUUGAAGGAGCAAGGUCUGAAUUCAUCCGCUUUGGGCAGCCAGUCAAGUAUAUAUGGAUCUGAUCAAAAUAAUGACAAUUCUGAUUAUGGCGAUUCCGGAAGGCUUUACUAUUGCAAACACUGUGACUUCAGCAACAAAUCUGCCAGGAGUGUUAGCACUCACUACCAGCGGAUGCAUCCCUACAUUAAGUUCAGCUUUAGGUAUAUUCUGGAUCCCAAUGAUCACAGUGCAGUUUACAGGUGUCUUGAAUGUUACAUUGAUUAUACAAACUUUGAAGACCUACAACAACAUUAUGGUGAGCAUCAUCCUGAAGCUAUGAAUGUACUAAAUUUUGAUCAUUCUGAUUUGAUCUAUCGCUGUCGCUUCUGCUCUUACACCAGCCCCAAUGUUAGGAGUCUAAUGCCACAUUACCAAAGAAUGCAUCCAACAGUAAAAAUUAACAAUGCAAUGAUAUUCUCAAGCUAUGUGGUUGAGCAGCAAGAGGGGUUAAGUUCAGAAUCACAGACUUUAAGAGAGAUCUUGAACUCUGCUCCGAAAAGUAUGGCUAAUUCAUCUCCUGUAGCACGUGGAAGUGGUGUACCGCCUUCUUUUAACAAAAAUUCCUCAAAAGGUGAUAGUCCAGAGUCAGAAAGCCAGAAGGAGUCAGCGGUAAAUAGUGUUGUAGUUUAUGACUGUGAUGUUUGCUCCUUUGCGAGCCCUAAUAUGCAUUCUGUUUUAGUGCACUACCAGAAAAAACAUCCAGAAGAAAAGGCUUCAUACUUCAGGAUUCAGAAGACUAUGCGCAUAGUAUCUGUUGAGAGGGGGUCUGCCCUGGCUCAGAUGGCUUAUGAAAUGGGAUCUCCUGUCUCCCCCAAAAUGUCCAACUUGCCUUCACAGCUGCCUCCUCCACCACCUCCAGACCUUACCACUGAACUUUACUACUGUAAACAUUGCUCUUACAGCAACCGGUCAGUAGUUGGUGUGCUUGUGCAUUACCAGAAGAGGCAUCCAGAGAUCAAAGUUACUGCAAAAUAUAUUCGGCAGGCUCCUCCUACUGCAGCAAUGAUGAGAUCUGGAGAGAUACCCCGUGGCAUUCCUAGACCACCAGCAUCUAUGCAACAGCUGAACAGAGGAGGCUCUGAGAGUUCUGCUCCCCCAGAGAAUGAGAUGUUCUUCUGCCAGCACUGUGAUUAUGGAAACCGGACUGUGAAAGGUGUGCUCAUACAUUAUCAAAAGAAGCAUCGUGAUUUCAAAGCCAAUGCAGAUGUGAUUAGGCAGCACACUGCCACAAUCAGAAGCCUAUGUGAUCGUGGCCAGAAAAAUUCCCCUGGUGGCAUGCAGAUGCCCACUUCGAAUGCUGAGCGAGAAAAAGCUAAGCUGAGAGCUCUGAAAUGCAGGCAGUGUUCUUAUACAUCUCCUUAUUUUUACGCACUACGGAAACACAUUAAAAAGGACCAUCCAAGCUUGAAGGCCACUGUCACGUCUAUUUUGCGAUGGGCAUUUUUGGAUGGCUUAAUAGAAGCUGGUUAUCAUUGUGAAUGGUGUAUCUAUUCCCAUGCUGAACCCAGUGGCUUGCUUGUACAUUACCAAAGGCGGCAUCCUGAGCAUUAUGUAGACUACACAUAUAUGGCAACAAAGCUGUGGGCAGGACCAGAUCCUUCACCUCCUGCCUUGCUGAUACCUUCAGAGAUGAAAACAUACAAAUGCAGAGAUUGCAUUUUUGAAGCAUCUUCCAUUUGGGACAUUACUAAUCACUACCAGGCUUUUCAUCCUUGGGCUAUGAAUGGUGACGAAUCUGUAUUGCUAGAUAUCAUUAAGGAGAAAGAUGCUGCUGAUAAAACCAUCUCAGCAGCUAAUGAUGCUGGAGCCAGGGUAAAUUCGGAGGACCAGGUAGCAGUACCCCAGGUGGACCAGGAAGCAGAAUAUGCUGAAGAUUCAAACCUUUCCCAAGACAAAGCGAUCCAGCUCUCUUCUGUGAACCCUGCAAUAUCCUCAACACCAUACCAGUGCACAGUGUGCCAGUCAGAAUACAACAAUUUGCAUGGACUUCUGACCCAUUACGGCAAAAAACAUCCUGGGAUGAAAGUGAAAGCUGCAGAUUUUGCACAGGAUAUAGAUAUCAAUCCAGGAGCGGUGUACAAAUGUAGGCAUUGCCCAUAUAUCAACACACGCAUCCAUGGCGUUCUUACACACUAUCAGAAAAGGCAUCCUUCUGUAAAGGUCACUGCAGAAGAUUUUGUCCAUGAUGUGGAGCAGCCUACUGACAUGAACCAGAAUGACGUGGAGGAAACCAGUAGGAUUUUCAAGCAAGGUUAUGGUGCUUACCGGUGUAAAUUGUGCCCUUAUACACAUGGCACUUUAGAGAAACUCAAGAUCCAUUAUGAGAAAUACCAUAACCAGCCUGAAUUUGAUGUAUUUGCACAGUCUCCUCCUAAGUUCCCUGCCUCCAUGGAGCCUGAACUCGUUACUGAAAUUAAGCCCUCUCCUGAAAUGGUUCCUGAGGAGAUCAUGGGGGAGGAUACCAUGCCCCCUUCACAUUUUUCAAGUUCCCAUUUGGUUUCUCACACCGUAUUCCGGUGCCAACUCUGUAAGUAUUUUUGUUCCACCAGGAAAGGGAUUGCUAGGCACUACAGGAUAAAACACAACAACGUUCGGGCCCAGCCAGAAGGCAAGAACAAUCUCUUCAAAUGUGCUUUGUGUUCCUAUACGAACCCUAUCAGGAAAGGUUUGGCUGCACAUUAUCAGAAGCGUCACGACAUUGAUGCUUACUAUACCCAUUGCUUAGCCGCCUCCAGGACUGUAAGUGACAAGCCCAAUAAAGUGAUCAUUCCUUCGCCCCAGAAAGAAGAUUCUCCUCAAUUAAGUGAGGAACUGAGAAGAGCGGUGGAAAAGAAAAAGUGUUCCCUGUGUUCCUUCCAGUCUUUCAGCAAAAAAGGAAUUGUGUCCCAUUAUAUGAAACGCCACCCUGGAGUGUUCCCUAAGAAACAGCAUGCAAGCAAGCUGGGGGGUUACUUUACUGCUGUGUAUGCUGAUGAGUAUGAAAGGCCGCAGCCUCUCCCAGAGGAGAGGAAUGAUUUUGAGAAGCCUGAGGUGGAGGUGGAGGCUCCAGAAAUUGAAUGGCUUCCCUUCCGAUGCAUCAAGUGUUUCAAGCUCUCGUUCAGCACAGCUGAGCUGCUAUGCAUGCAUUAUACGGAUCACCACAGCAAAGACUUAAAGAGAGACUUUACCAUACUGGGAAAUGGAGCCCGUUUCCAGAAUCCCAUCUACCAGUGCAGGCACUGUGAUAGUAAACUGCAUAGCAUAGCAGAGCUGACCUCACACUUGAACAGUCACAACGAGGAAUUCCAGAAGCGUGCCAAACGUCAAGAGAGGAGGAAGCAGCUUCUGAGCAAGCAAAAAUAUGCAGAUGGUGCUUUUGUAGAUUUCAAGCAAGAGAGGCCUUUUGGUAGCUUGGAAGAAGUUUCAAAACUGAAGGAGCGGAAGGUGGUGGGAUACAAGUGUAAAUUCUGUGUGGAAGUUCACCCAACACUCCGAGCUAUCUGCAAUCACCUCCGAAAGCAUGUCCAGUAUGGGAAUGGCUCCUCGGUGGCUGCUGCAGUCAAGCAGGAAGCUGAAGAUCCUUCACAUGCAGCUUUCUUGGAGGGUAUUGAGGGAGCCAAAGACCCUGGCAGUGUGGCCACUGUGGAACUUACAGAAGCUGAAUCUGGACCAUCACUGGAAGAUGAAACCAGACCUGGUGGCUACCACUGCAGCCAGUGUGACCGGGUUUUGAUGUCUAUGCAGGGUCUACGAUCGCAUGAGAGGAGUCACUUGGCAUUGGCCAUGUUUACUCGUGAAGACAAGUACAGCUGCCAAUAUUGUUCCUUUGUCUCUGCUUUCAGGCACAAUUUGGAUCGUCAUAUGCAAGCUCACCAUGGACACCAUAAACCAUUCCGCUGCAAACUCUGCCCAUUUAAGUCCUCAUAUAACAGCCGUCUGAAAACUCAUCUACUCAAAGCUCAUGCUGGUGAACAUGCCUACAAAUGCUCCUCGUGCUCAUUUUCCACCAUGACAAUCAGCCAGCUGAAAGAGCACUCCCUGAAAGUGCAUGGGAAGGCACUGGCACUACCAAGACCACGCAUUGCCAGCCUUGUCACCUCGCAUGCUCAACAUGCCUCCAAGAACCACACUACUGCUGAAGAAGUGGAAGACUCUAAUGACUCUUCCUAUUCAGAGCCUCCAGAUGUCCAGCAGCAAUUGAACCACUACCAGUCAGCUGCUCUGGCAAGGAAUAACAACAACAUUAGCCCCAUCCCAGCCGACCAGAAAGCUGAAGCCAUCCUUAACUGUGAAUUUUGUGAAUUCUCCUCGGGUUAUAUUCAAAGCAUUCGGCGACAUUACCGUGACAAACAUGGAGGGAAGAAACUGUUCAAGUGCAAAGAUUGUUCCUUUUAUACUGGUUUUAAAUCCGCUUUUACUAUGCACGUGGAAGCUGGGCACUCAGCAGUCCCCGAGGAAGGACCCAAAGACCUCCGCUGUCCUCUCUGUCUGUACCACACCAAAUAUAAACGGAACAUGAUCGACCAUAUCGUCCUUCAUAGAGAAGAGCGAGUGGUUCCCAUAGAAGUGUGUCGUUCCAAGCUGUCCAAAUAUCUGCAGGGAGUCGUUUUCCGCUGUGACAAGUGUACUUUCACCUGUUCCAGUGACGAGAGCCUACAGCAGCACAUAGAGAAGCACAAUGAGCUUAGACCGUACAAAUGCCAACUCUGCUACUAUGAGACCAAGCACACGGAUGAGCUGGACGCUCACCUCCGAGAUGAGCAUAAGGUCAGUCGCAAUUUUGAGCUGGUUGGACGGGUUAACUUAGAUCAGUUGGAACAAAUGAAGGAAAAAGAAGAGAAUUACAGCAGUGAUGAGGAAGAAAAGGAAGAGGAGAUGAGCCCCAAAGCGGAAGAAAGAGAGUCCAUGAGGUUCUCAGAGGACGGACCACCAGAAAAACGUUUCCCAUGUGAAUUUUGUGGUCGGACAUUUGCAGAAGGCUCUGAGUGGGAACGGCAUGUACUGAGGCAUGGCAUGGCUGUUAAUGAAACCAACCGGAUGAUUAGUGAAGAAAGCCAGCCGAAAGAGAAUGCAGAGACCGUUGAGGUCCCGUUGACAGAAGAGAUGGAGAGCAGCAUGGAAGUGGUGGUGGACUAUUCCCAGCAAGAACCUGCCGUCUGUAUUGUUGCUGCUGUUGAUAAAUCACUCCCAGAGAAUGAAGAGGCCAAAAGCGAAUGAGCACCUGGUGUGGUUUCAGACAACCUACUUGAACCGUGACGGAUGGGAUGGGGUGGGUCGGGGGACAAGGAAGAAUCAAAGCUGCUUUUAGGACUGAAUGAUCUAUUUUCAAAGCACUGGUACCUGUAUGUGUGUGUGUGUGCGUGUGUGUACAUAUAUUAAAUUUAUUUAAUUGAGGAUAACGAAAUAUGUGGCUCCAUUACAUCUCUGCAACUCUUCUGGAUCUUAACAAUGGGAAGUUAAGUUCAUCUGGACAUGAGAAGCAAACUUCCAAAUUUCCAAGCGUUAUGCCAUUGCUUUGCCAUGGAGACUCUGGAUUAUUUUGAGGAUGGAAGAGUGCAGGGGACAAUUUUCAGCGCACAGAGUUGGGCGCUUUUUUCUAAUUUUAAUAUACAUACUGUAUUAUGCUUUUACAGACUGACUGACUUGCUUUAGAAGAAGAAGAAAACAAACAAAAAACAAACUGCUUUGCUUAAAACAGUCACCUGUUUCCUAGUACCUCAGAAUUAACCAAGGGAAAUUUAAAAAAAAAAAUACAAAUCUCUGCAUUUGUCAGUACUACCUGUUGUCGUUGUGGUUAAAUGUAGAGACAGACUGCUGGGCAAGAUGGUGAAUGGAAGAAAAAACAAACCACAAAGUUUUAAAAGAGAGGAACACAAAAUUGUGUGCAAAAUCCCUGUGGGGGUUUUAUUUCUUAAAAUACUGUGAUUUUUUUAAUUAUUUUAGUAAAAAAAAUACAAAAAAGAGAGAGAAUUCCUAGAUACCUGUCUGUGACUUGUCAUCUUUUAUUCCAGGUAAGCUGUUUGUUAGCGUUCAGCAAUGAUUUUAGGGUGUGUGUGUGUAUGUGUGGUGUUGGUUUUUUUUUAAAGACAUGUGACUGACUAUGUGCCGUUCUUGUUUUGCCCCAUGUCUAUGUCUGCUCAGCCUGAGGGAUUACAAAUACAGCACAAUUAAGGUUUUAUUUUGUUUUGUUUUCAUAUAAAAUAAUGUUAUUUCCUCACCUUUGGUCCCCCACCCACCCAGGAGACAGGGUUGGGAAGGAGGAUUUGUUCUUGUCAAUACAAUUUCUUUCUUUACAAAGACGUAAACAUUUUUUUACAAACAUUUUAAAAAACCCAUUGAAACUAAAGAACCAAACUUACAGCACAGCUAUGCAGUUGGUGGGCCAACCAAAUGGGUCCUCAUAAUCAUUCUGUUGCUUAUCUCAAAUUGAACAUCUCUCACUGGAAAUUAUUUUGGUUAUAAAGAAUGGUUGCCUUUUCUUUGUAUGUGGUGUGUCUUCUUUGGGCGCAAUGGGGGGGAGGGAGGAGGGAGCUUAUAAACACAUCGUUUUGAAAGCUUGAGAUGACCCAGUUCUAGUAAUACUUGGGAGCCAGGAGAUCUACUCUAUGGAUUUCAAGGCGGGAGUUAAAAUAUUUGUAUCGCCACCUCCUGUGAACUCUUUCGCAUGAGGAGGAGCAGCGUAGCAUAAAUAGGAAUCUGCACGCGUGGAGUCUGAGCUUUUGUUCCUCGUUCAUGCAAGAAUGUCUUUGGAUGUUUUGCAUGAAGAUGAAAUGGAAGGUCGGGGCCUGUGGGUAAGGGUUUGAUUGUGAACAAAGGGGUUUCUCUCCAAAAAGUAGAAAGUACUUGACUGAAACCUAGUUUUAGAAAUGCAUGUGUCUUUUUGGAUUGUUUUUCUUUUUCAUGUUUUUAUUUUUUUGUUUUGCGCUUUUUUUUAAAGCUUUGGGGCUAUGGGGUGGGAGGGGUGGAGAGAGAAACUGUUGAGAAGUCAGCAUCCAACAGGACUUCUCUUCCAAUUGAUAGCAAAAGAAGCGGGGGGGAUGGAGAGAGAGAGAAAAAGAAACAAUAAUACUGUUGCAUUUGUGAAAUAAGUGCUACUUGAAAAGCAUGGUGUUUUGAUUUUGAGGAUUCAUAUUUUGUGGAGUGGGUGGGAUUUCUUUUUUAUUAUUAUUUGGAGGGAGGGCAAGUCAUGUGGAAAACACAUUGGAAGGACAAGUAUAAAUACACAUUUUGUGUCUGAAUGUUUUCUUUUUAAAUUGGCCUGAUUUCAAAUGUAUUUAAACAGUUUCCAUACCUGGAUUGGGUGUUUGUAAUGGUUACCAAAAAUGAAAAAGAUGAAAAAAAAAUGAAAUAAAUGAUUGUGACAUGCUUUUAUCACUACUUUAUUUUUCAAAUAAUAUGUAAAUAUUGUAAUCCAUUGGAUUUGUUUUGUUUUUUGUUUUUUUGGUUUUUUGCUAACCUGUUAAUAAAUAUAUGGGACCAUUAUCCUUUUUAACAAGUCUAGAAUGUCAUAUUUUUUCUUGUGUUUUUUUUUCUUCCCAAAUGUAUACCUUUAUAUAUUGUGAACCCACAUUUUAGAUGCAUUAUUAUGUUUCUGUUGGCUGUAAUGAUGACCUAGGAUUGAGAAUAACUUUUUUUUUCAUUUGUUUAAUUUAUACAGAGGACUUUUUCAUAGUUUGACAGAAGGAAAUAAAUAGCAAAAUGAUAACCCACUGGCUUCAGAACUCAGUAUUUCCUAAUUAAAAUUAACUACUGCUCAGUGUUUGGUGGAUGAGGAGUGGAAGUUCUGAAAUGUUGCACUGAUAACUUUUUUUAAGGCAAAAGA